UCUUUUAGUACAGUUGCAGACAUGGUGACCUGUAGGCCUGGAUGUACUUCUGAGAGAGGGAUUCUGGAGCUGAAAUGGAAAGUUCUCACUGUCCACAGGGCUUAGGAUGGGUGUGGCAUGGCGUCUCCUGAAAAUUGGAGGGCCCUCAACAACUGCAGGAGAAAACCCCUGGUCACAGCAGACUGUCUGGUGGCAGCUGAUGGAUCGAGGGGUCUAGGUGGAACCAGGGAAACCCCCCCACCACCACCCUCAUCCCAUCCAAGCAUCCACAGGGUUCCACGAGCCACAGCUCAGUUUAGAGUCUUGAACCCUGCAUCCUGCUCCCCGCUAAUAGCCCAUCACGCUUGGGCUAAGGUAAUCUUCCUGGACUCCAGCCAGAGCUGAGAAUGUUGUAAGCAAGCAAAGGAAGUCCCAGGGCUGCUGCAAAAGAUACUCAGAAGCUGCAGAUCUGUCUUCUAGGCGACAGGACUCUACCCUAACCAGCCUGGGGUCUGUAUGGCUGGUGGCUGAGUGCCCGAGGUGCAAGUGCUCAGCUCUGCUGGUCCAUGGGGCCACCCAGCCAGCCUGCCAUGUAGAUGGAGAACCAUUGCAGUUCCAGAACCAAGCUUUGCAGCUGAUGCUUUUGGCUGCUGAGGGGCUCCCUGGAGGCUGGGCUGGGCUGGGCUGGACUGGGUGUUAGAGCCUGAGCUCAGCUGCAGGAUGUUUUGGGGUUGAGGACAGAUAGUAAGGUAGUGUUACUGCCUGGGCUCUUUCCUACUUCUUGGGAGGGCCAAGCUAGAGCUGUUCGCUACCAAGCACCAUUUUUCUAGUAAGCAAGCAUCCCGCCCAUCUGGACAGGAACAGGCUGAGGGCUUGACAAGCAGGGAGCCAGACUCCUACCGCCAGCAACUAAAGAUUCCACAUUUCCAUGGGAUGGAAAGGUCCUGGGAAGUCAGAGCCAACCCCUCCCUGUUUAGCAUUGAAGGCUGACACACAAAAUAGGGAACGCCUGAGCAGCCUGCAGUGGAAAGUUGGAGCUGUGGUGUGUGGCGGGCGGAUGCAGGAGCAGAGAGCAGCUGGGGAGAGGAAGACUCAGAGGACGUGGUGGGACAUGGCUGGGACGAUGCAGUUCCUGGCUUGGCUAAUAGUAACCAUUUGCCUUCUCCCUGGGGUGACUACAACCCAGCACUGUCCAGGGCAGCCCACGGACAGCGCCAGCGUGGGAGGUGGCCUGCAGGAGCCAGAGGCCCCGGAAGUGAUGUUUGAGCUGCUCUGGGCUGGUCUGGAGCUGGAUGUCGUGGGGCAGCUGCAUAUCCAGGACGAGGAACUGGCAUCCACACGCCCAGGCCGCCGACUCAGGCUCCUCCUGCAGCAACAUGUGCCCAGUGACUUGGAGGGUGCUAAGCAGCGGCUGCAGCAGUUCCAGGACCUGCGGAAAGGGCCUCCUCUUAGCCCUUGGGACUUUGAACAUCUGCUCCUCACAGGCCUGUCCUGUGUCUACCGGCUCCAUGAGGCUAGUGAGGCUGAGGAGAGGGGUCGCUGGGCCCAGGUCUUCGCCCUGCUGGCACAGGAAAUACUCUGGGACCUGUGCAAGGGCUUCUGCCCCAGGGAGCCCCCAUCUUUGGGGCCCUGGGCCUUGAUCCUUGACCCUUUUCCCUGACUCUCCCCUUUCACCUGCCAACCAACCACUGCCCCCCAACUCGUGGCCCAAGCCAGACCCAUCCUGGGCAGUGGCUUCCAUCUGGCACGUGGUCCUUCCCACUGGAAGUAGAAGCUUGGAUUGUACCCUGAACCCAGUUUACCCCUGCCCCAUUUUCUUCCCUGAGCCCUGGUAGGCUAAGAGCCUGGGUCUCAGGACACAGGCACAGAGCUAAAAGCAGGACUUGCAGGUAUGUGUUGGGGUUAGGGUUGAGAAGUGUGUUCAAGGAUGCUGAAAAGAAAGCUGUCCCCAAGGAAGGCCAAGUCCGAUGCUCCAAGUCCUACCCUGGCAGUCUUUGACAAGUCCUGCGGAAUCUAUGGGAACCUUGUGAAUGCCCAGCACCCAGUCCUAAUUUACAUACCCUUUUAAAUCCCAACCAGUGUUCUGGAGUCCCUGUGCCCCAAGUUCCCCAUCUGGACUAGAAUAGACUGGACAUUUUUAGUUUAGUCUGUUGGAGGAAUGGAGGAAAGCAGGUGGAAGAACAUUACCUUUC